AGACACACUACCAGUAGUACUCUACUCUCACUCUCCACACUUCCAUUUCUUCUCUCCCUGUGUGUGUGCUGUUUUUAUAGAUAUAGAAGAAACAAACAUAUUAUUAUAUUAUAUUUAAAGAAGAAAGAAAAAAUGGGGGGUUCAGCAGCAUCAACCUUGGUGUUUUGCCUUGUUAUAUUCCAUUUAGUUUCUGCUGCUCUUGCUGCUGAUGCUGAUGCUGAAGAUGGCUUAUUAAUCAAUGGUGAUUUCGAGACAGCACCGUCUGGAGGCUUCGGUGAUGAUGGCGUCGGCGACAGCCCCAAUGCCGUUCCAAACUGGAAGCUAAACGGUACAGUGGAGCUAGUGGCGUCGGGCCAGAAACAAGGUGGAAUGAUCCUCAUUGUACCAGAAGGAAGACAUGCAGUGAGGCUAGGCAAUGAUGCACAGAUCAGCCAAGAAGUGAAACUAGAAAAAGGCGAGAUCUACUCGAUAACGUUCAGUGCGUCUCGCACGUGUGCCCAGCUUGAGUCACUAAACGUGUCGGUUCCACCAGCCUCACAAAACAUUGAUCUUCAAACGUUGUAUAGUGUCCAAGGAUGGGAUACCUACGCAUGGGCGUUUCAGGCGGACCAAGAAGAUGCCCAUGUCGUUUUUACAAAUCCCGGCAUGGAAGAUGACCCCACUUGUGGUCCCAUCAUCGAUGACAUUGCCAUUAAAAAGCUUUUUGUACCAACAAAACCAAAAGAUAAUGCAGUUUUAAAUGGAGACUUUGAAGAAGGCCCGUGGAUGUUUAGAAAUGCUUCCCUAGGAGUUCUACUCCCAACCAACCUGGAUGAAGAAACUUCAUCUUUGCCCGGUUGGAUAGUUGAGUCUAACCGAGCAGUCCGUUACAUUAACUCAUACCAUUUCUCAGUGCCUGGAGGAAAACGGGCCCUUGAAUUACUUUCCGGUAAAGAAGGCAUAAUUUCACAAAUGGUGCCAACCACCCCAAACAAGCCUUAUAGAAUGUCAUUCUCACUUGGCCAUGCUGGAGACUCGUGCAAGCAACCACUAGCAGUAAUGGCCUUUGCGGGUGACCAAGCUGAGAAUAUACACUAUACCCCCAAUGCUAAUUCCACAUUCCAAACUGCAGACGUGAAUUUUACGGCCAAGGCUGAGAGGACGCGGGUGGCAUUCUAUAGUGUGUAUUACAACACCCGGAGUGAUGAUAUGAGCUCUUUAUGUGGACCCGUGGUGGACGAUAUAAGGGUGGUUGUUUCUGCAGGUUUUAGGGAUGCAGGAUGGUCUGUUUUAAGGUUCGGAUUUAUGGUUGUGGUUAUGUUGUUUAUGGUUUAGUUGAAGUAGGUUUUCUUGGACAAAUAGUCCUUUAUUUAUUGUUCUACGUUAAGAUGUGGUAAUCAAAUUAAAGGUUUUGGUAA